AUGAAGCAAAUUCGUACUGAUGGACGGGCACUGCUGGACGUCCGUGCGGCAAAGGUGACGUUUGGCGAGGUCUACGGCCAGGCAGAGGCACACCUGGGUACCACACGAGUUCUGGCGGUGGUCUCGGGCGAGCUGGUCGAGCCUGCUCCUGAUCGGCCCACAGAUGGCUCAUAUCUGUUCUUUUGCGAGGCUUCUGGUCUCGAUUCCGCCACCGGCACUGUCGAUCAUAAGGCAAGGGCGUCGAGGACUGCCAUCGCCAGCUUUGUGGAGAAGAUGCUGCGAGACUCGGGCGCAAUCGAGUCCGAGUCGCUCUGCGUUGUCGCGGGUCAGUGGGUUUGGGCCAUUCGUGUCGACAUUCAUGUCCUUGAUGACGACGGCAAUGUUCAUGAUGCUGCCGCUCUGGCCACCGUUGCUGCCAUGCUCCACUUUAAGCGGCCAGACACCUCGGUCGAUGCCGCAGGCAACCUGGUUGUCCAUCCCAUGACCGAGAAGACUCCGCUUGGGCUCACCCUCCAUCACAUUCCGUUUUGCGUCUCGUUUGCGUUUUUCAUCCCGCCUGCUGACGCCGAGGCCAGGCCCAAGUCACGGGACGCCAAGCCGCGCAACCUGUAUGUUGUCGAUCCGUCGGCCAAAGAAGAGGCGCUUGCCGACGCCCGGGCCAUCUUUGCUCUCAACGUCCACGAGGAGGUGUGUGGCGUGGCCAAGCUUGGCGGCCUCCCACUCAGCGUGCUCGAGAUGAAGCAGGCCUCGCGGAUUGCCGCCGUCAAGGUCGCCGAGCUUGCCGAGCUCCUCGAAGCCGCCCUCAAGGCCGAGGCUGCGCGCCAACUGCAUCUGCGUGCCCCGACCGCCGAGCCGACCACCGCUCGCCCGUCGUCGGUCGGCACCUACGUCAUCGGCGCCGCCCGCGUCGAGGGUGGCGCCGACGUCGCCGCCGUCACCCAGUUCUCCGCCGUCAACGAGACCCCCGUCGUCGGCCAAGGCAACUCGCUCUUCUCUCAGCUCCCGGCCGCCCAGUCACUCGCCGAGACCGACACCUCGCUCCAGUCGCGCCUCGCCCAGUUCGAGGUCCAGCUCGAGGACAUGGUCCAUCGCUCGGACUUUAUCAUGCCCAGCACCUCGCCCACCGGUGCCUCGGACACUACCGGUGACCAUGCCCACGACCACGAUGACGACGCUGCCGCUGUCGCCGCCAUCGUCAACGAUGCUGCCAACUAUAACCUCGGCGAUGACGACGACGACGACGACGAGGAGGAAGUCACCAUGAUGCUUCAUGGCUCGGUGCUCUCCUCGGUCUUUGCGUACUACUCGGACGAUGCUGUCAUUCAAGAUCUGGCUAUCUAUCUCGAGUAUGUCGUCGAGUGGGAGCGCGUGUCGGAGAGAGUCAAGUCGGCCAUGGCUUCUCAAGGAUUUGUCACCUACUACACAGACUUGGCUCGGGAUGCUCUUCCGCCGGACUGCGCCUCUCGCUCGCUGCUCAACCUCCUCUACGCGCCCAUCGCUCACGUCUUUCACAUCAAGAACAUCAUGGAGCGCCUUGCCCGCGCCCGAUGCGAGAAAGACCGCGUUGCCGCCGCUGGCGCCCUUGCCCAGGCCGAGACCACGCUGGAUGACUCGGGGCCGUGGCCAGCCAACGCCUCGCGCGCCGCCAAGCACAUCAAGACCUCGGGCUGCGACGCGUGCACCGCGUACCACGCAGUCGCGCGACUCAUCGCACGCAUCAACAACGCCAUGGCACAGGUCAAGGCCUUCUCCCUGGUCAUGUCGCUUGCCGCAAAGCUCAAGUCGUCCGAGCAGAGCCUGUUUGAGCACGGCAUUGUCGACCGCCGCCACAUUCUGUCCGGUGACGUGCUGCGGUACAAGGGCGUGGUGGCGGCACCGACCGAGGCGGCAGCCGGUGCCAGCGGAGACCUUGUCCCUCCGACCAUCACUGCUCCGUCGCCUACCCCGUCGCUCUCCCGCGACGACAUGCCGGUCGAAUCGGACACCGAGCCACGCGGCGAGAGCAGCUCGCCACCACCGGGUGUCUCGCAGCUCUCGAUUACCCACGACGCCGUCUCCGAGACGACGUCGCGGCGCGGCUCGGUGAGCUCGCUGUUUGGCGGAGGUGGAGCAAGCCCGGGCGUGAGCGUGAGUGGGCCAGCAACGCCGGCCUCGGGGCGACGCAGCUCCGACUUUGGUCGGCUCCACUCGGUGCUGGUCGGCGGCGCGUCGCCACUCCCACAGUCCACAGCGUCGAACCCGCUCAAUGCCUCCCUCGGCUCGGCGAAUUUGUCGGCGGCGCCCAAGACCUCCGGGCGCCUCCUCACUACAACGCUGCACAUGUUCAGCGACUGCAUCCUCACCGAGACCAAGGGCAAGCGCGGCAAGACCGUGGUCGAGAUCCUGUGCUCGAUGUCCGCCAUUCGGGUCUUUCCUUCCCAGACCAACCCGUGCGAGUUUGUGGUCCGCCGCAUGGUCCGCGGACUGACCUUUGAGGACAUUCACUUUCAGGCACGGGCGCCAGUGGUUGCCGCCGACUGGGUAGCCCGCAUUCGAUCAGCCAUCCAGGACGAUUUCGUGCUGUACGCACCCGAGAUUGUGACCCGAGCCAUGCCUGCCGAGCCGCCGCUCCUCUCGCCGACUGUCUCCUCGCCGCGAUCACCAGACGGCUCGGUAUUUUCCGGACUCGUCUCACCCAAGUCGCCGGCCCAGGCCAUGGCCGACGCUGACGCGUCGGCGCAAAAGCUCAAGGCCUCAACCGACGCCCGCAUCGCGUCGCUCAUGUCGGUCAUUGCCAAGCUCCGCGCUGAAAACGCGGCACUGGCGGCCGAGGUGGCUGAUGCUAGCGCUCCGGUCGCCGAAAUGGCGAGCGGAAGCACAAGCAUGACCGAGAGCGAGCACAACGCGGCUCUGGCGUGGCGAACGAGAUACGCCCACGAAGUCCGCGCCAAGCGCGCGGCGCUCGAGGAGCUGGCAUCAGUUCGCGAGGCGCUGGCACGGGCGCAAGCGUCGGUGGCGCGGUCCACAGUGUAUGCGCGCGACGAUCUCGACGAGCCGCGAUCAGUCAUUGCCAAGCUGCGGCUGAAGCUCGAUGCACAGGAGCGGCAGUUGGCUGCCGCAUCGCGGAAGGGCAAAGAGCUGGCGGCGGCCAAGGCAUACUCGGACGACGAGCUCCAACGGCUGCGGCUCGAGUGGGCCAACAUCGAGGCCGAGCAGGCCCGGCUGACAAAGGCGCAAGCCGAGGUGGCGAGCAUGGCCGGCGCCGCAGCCGAGCGCGACAGACUCGCCGAUGAACUGCAGGUAGUGACUCGGCAAGUGGCGCAGCUGCAGGCCGACGUCAUGGCCGCGCGCGAUGCCGCACGGACGGCUCAGGCGUCGGCGGCGGUGCGCGAUGACGCACAACAGGCCACCGAGCUCAAAAUUGACAGGGCAGUCCGCUCGCUGCGGCGAAACGAGGAGCUGCUCAAUGAGCUACUGGCAGCCGGCCACACGCCUGCAGCGGCGGUGGUCGAGCAAGCGUACGCCGAGGUCCAGGCGGCGCGGGAAGACAUGACGUCGAUGCCCGGGGUGAGCGCGCGGCUCGGCGACUCGCUGGCGUCGUCACAGAUGAUGAUGCCGUCGCCGCGGACGCCCGGCGGGCGGCUUGCGUCGCCGGUGCGGUCUGCGCCGUCGACUCGGCCGCGUCUCCACCAGACCGCCUCGCUUGACGACCUCUAUGCACAGUUUGAAGUGCUCGAGGAGGAGAACGCUUACCUAGUCCGUGAGCGGAGCGCGCUCUUUGCCGAGCUCAACUCGUCGCGCGACUCGCUGGCCAAGCUCGAAUCGACCUUUGACGCACUCCUCGAUCGCAAGGACUCGGAGGUUCGCACAGCCCACGCCGCAGCAGAGAGCCUCUCAGGCCAGGUCGCGCAGUGGAAGCGGGCGUUUGAGGCCGCAGUCGGCAGUGGCAGCCCCGGUUCCGGGAGCAGGGGUGAGUACAGAUGACGCUACUCAUCGUGGGUAGCGAGAGCGUGGUAGGCUGAACGUGUGCACCAGUAGCAACAGAGCGUUCUGGUGAUGAGGGUGAGAUACGUACUCGGCCGCGCACCACCAGUGGGCGA